AUGACAUGUUUCACGGAUGAUUCCACAGAUUCUGUACGCAUCUUUCUCUGCAGAGCUUCCCAUGAUGUAGAGUCUAAAAGACACACGGCGCCAAGGCCUGUAGCACCUGUGGCCGCUGAGCCUUUGCCGGCAGCUCCACCGUUCAGGUCAAGGACUAGCGCCAACCGACGCAUCCCUGCAGAGAUCCUGGGUGAUGAAGAGCUGAACUCAUUUAUCGCAACCAGGCUGCCGCGGACUCACGACUUCGAGGUCCACCGCUCUGUUUGGAAACUACGGCGUGCCGGCGCGCGGCACAUAGGCCUGCAGCUGCCAGAGGGCUUGCAGGGCUGGGCCACAGCCUUGGCCGACAUCUUUUCGCGCUUCGUCCCAACAGCCGAAAGCAGCACUAUAUUCGGGGACGUGACGUUCGGCGCGUGUUGCAUCGACGACCUCGGCGCAUCUGCCUUGGGAGUCGACUUCCUGAUACACUACGGUCACUCUUGUAUCGUGCCCACAGAUCAAACAACUGUCACCACACUUUAUGUUCACGUGGAGGUUGAGGUGGAUGUGGAGCACCUUGUUGACACUGUUCGACAUAAUUUCACGCCUGAUAAACGUCUUGCCUUCAUGAGCAGCGUUCAGUUUUCAUCGGGCACGCUGCAGGCAGUGGACGAGCUUCGCAAGGAGGCCGAAGAUCGGGUGGCCAAAGUCCCGCAAGUGAAGCCACUGGGCAUCGGAGAAACUCUUGGCUGCACGUCGCCCAAUGCUGGAGACGUUGAUGCAGCGAUUUUCGUGUGCGAUGGAAGAUUCCACCUUGAAAGCGCCAUGAUUCAAAACCCGCAGUUGCGGGGGAACUUCUUCCGAUACGACCCGGUCUGCCAGACGCUGACGCGGGAGGGCUUUGCACACGACGAGUUGCACUCGAGCCGACGGGCUGCCAUUGCAGCCGCGAGAGAAGCGCAGCUUGUCGGUCUCGUCCUCGGAACCCUUGGCCGACAGGGCAGUGUUGGAGUACUAGAGGAGAUUGAACGGUUGCUCGACCAGCGAGGUGUUGCACACUUCACAAUUCUGCUGUCAGAGAUUUCGCCGGAGAGGCUUGCACUUAUGCCAAAAGUCCAGGCGUGGGUGCAAGUCGCUUGUCCACGGCUUUCCAUGGAUUGGGGCAGCUCUUACGAGAAGCCACUGCUGACGCCCUACGAAGCUCAUGUGGCAUAUGGGGGCCUUGCCUACAAAGAUGUUUACCCAAUGGAUUACUACUCUAACAAGGGAGGACCUUGGGCCAACUAUGGUGCCCACAACGGGCAUGGAGGAAGUGUCGGUCAGAAGUUCCGCCACCUGGGUCAGAAGAACAGACGGCACCUGGAAGUCGAGUACGACUGA